AUGGCGGAAUUCGAUGGCGUAGAACUGGACUUCGACCCAGACAUGCCUGUCAAGAUCUGCCACCUGGGGCAAGCUGCUGUGGCCGCAUUGCUGGCGCUCGUCACAGGUGGCUUGGUCGUUCUUGCCGACGGGCGUGGGGCUGGCAGCGCUGGCGCCGCUGCCAGCGCGGUGGUGUGCGCCGGGCAGCAAACUGUGGCACAGCUGGUGUGUCAGGCCACAGCGGCCGCCUGUGGCGCCUCCGCCUCGGCCAGCGCCGAGCCCACGAACAUGGCCUCAGCAGCAGGACUGGAACAUCCUGGGCAGCCGUCCAACGCAUCGGGGAUGUUCAAUCCAUCUUGCAGGACUUUUAGGCUGCACUUGACCGGUGCGAUGAUUGCAGCCUUGAUGUCUUGGCUUGUGCUGGCGCCAGGUUUGGAGUUCAGCCUCGCGGCGACGGCCAUCCUCAUGGCCACCGGAUCUGUGGGCACGGCUUUGGCCUUUGAGGCCUUGGCCACCCGUCCCGUCCGCGAACGGGAGGAACGGGAGCGACCUGAGCGCACUGAGCGAGUGGAGCGGGUGGAGCGAGCAGAGAAAGCUGUGGACCGCUCGGUGAAGAAGUCGAUUCGAGUUUGCAACGUGCCCAAGAAUCUGGAUGACAGGGACAUUCAGGAGGCGUUCGAGGACAUCGGCCGUGUGGUCAAGUGCGAGGUGGAGCGCGGAGUGGCCACCAUCAGCUUUGCCAACUCCUCCCAUGCGAAGAAGGCCGUGCAGACCUUCGAUCGAGGAGAGCUGAACGGGCAGACGAUUUAUGUCUCGCUGGAAAGACAGCAAUCAGGCACAGGGGAGAAGGCAGCUUUGUGCUUGAAGCUGGAGCAGCAGAGCUGUGGCCGGGUCGUGAGCAACUGCGGAGGAUGGCAGAGCCGUGAUCUCACAGGAGCCCAAGAGGAAGGGCUCUUGGAGCUCAUGGGGCAGAUGCACCAGCAUCUCGCUGCCUUCCUGGAGCCAGGAUGCUCAGUGCACGCGGUGCCGGAUCAGCUUUGGGCAAACAUCAACCGGCCCGGCAAUUUCAACAAGCGGCAUGACCACGGCAGUGCCACAGCGUCGCUGGUCGCAUCAGGCGUUUUCUAUUGCGCAUGCUCUGCAAGAGCACCUUUGCGGCUUUUUUCACAGGAGGUGACGGAGGUAGAGCCCGAGCCCGGCAUGCUGGUGCUGUUCCCACCUUACGUGGAGCAUGAAGUCGAUGCUCUACCUGACGGAGCUGGAGAGCGCAUCUCGAUCGCCUUCAACUUGCGUGCGCGCUGGCUUCGGGACAAAUGGCAUCGAGCUGCAGUGGAAGGAGAUUUGCAGGCGGAGUCGGCGGACAUCAACGCUGUGGAUUGCCUAGGACUGAGUGCGCUGCAUCUCGCUGCGGAAGCAGGGCAUCGAGGUUUGGUCCAGGACCUCUUGGCGCGCAGGGCCCAGGCUGAGGUGUCCUAUGAGGGCUGGUCGCCCCUCGGCCUGGCUGCUGACAGAGGCCACAUCAAAGUGAUGGAGCUCUUGCUAGCUCACAAAGAAUCUGAAACGCCCAAGGACGAGAAGGGAAUGCUGCAGACAGGAGUGGGCGCCAAGGGUGCUGCAGCGGCCGCGGCCCGCCGGGGCCACCUCCCGGGGUUGCGACUGCUGCCGGCCACGGCUGCAGCCCUGGGAGCCGCAGCGGCGGCUGGGGAGGUGGACUGCGUAGAGCACCUCCUGGCCAGACGGGUGGAUCCGAAUGCGAAGGUGGACUGCCGGAGUCCCUUGCACCAAGCUGCGGGCGCAGGCCACGCGGAGGUUCUGCGACGCCUCCUACAUGCCGGGGCCUCGCUGAACCUUCGGGACGAGCAUGAGGCAUGUGCCUUGCACGAGGCGGCAGCCAAGGGCCACCUCCAGGCAGCCAAGGAGCUUCUGACCCGGGCAGAUCCUGACCUGCGAGACGAGGAGGGAGCAAGCGCGCUGCACUGGGCAGCCAGCAAGAAUCAGACAGACAUUGUGCAGCUGCUGCUGGCGUCCGACGCCGCGAUGUUGGCAGACGCCAAAGGUGCGAGCCCUUUGCAUUGGGCGGCCAAAAGCGGGCAUGGGGCAGUGGUGGAGCUGCUCUGCACGGGAUGGACCUCGGAAAGACCCGACGUGCUCAACAUCUCAAAGCCUGUGAUGCGCAGCGGUUCCUUUUGGUCGCGUCAGCGGUUUGCGGAGUUCCUGUCACGAGCAGCGGCGGUGGAUGCAAUGCCUGCGGCGGACAGGGCUGGGAGUCCUCAUCACGCGGCAGCAGCUGCUGGGCAUGUGGAAGUUGUGCGACUUCUGAGAGGUCAUCAGGACGUAGAAGCUGUGGAUUCUGAAGGUGCGUUGCCACUUCACUGGGCAGCUGCCAAUGGACAUGAGCGUCUGGUGCUUGCGCUGCUGCAAGAGACGGGCAGGAGCAUCCACACCCGCGAUGGGGCAGGCAGCACUGCACUGCAUGAUGCAGCUUGGGGUGGACACUUGCAGGUUGCCGAGGUGCUCCUUCAAGCUGGAGCAGCCGUGAACGCCCGAGACUCCAAGUUGCACACGCCGCUGCAUGCAGCCGCAGCGCUGCUGAUGGGCGACGGCCAGCUGACCUGGCCGCUGCACAGGGAGAUGCAGACGUUGCAAUCGCUUGCGGAUCAAAUGUCCGCUGUGACCGAGGAGCAAAAGCUUGCGGCUCGCGCCAAGCGGUGGGGUUUGACCUCAACCGCUGUCGACGAGCCGACAGAGCCGAAUGAAGAGAAGUUAGCUGCACGAGCCAAGAGGUGGGGCCUCCCGGCGCGGCCGAAAGAGCCUUCGCCAGAAAAAGCGGCAGCGAAGGAGCGGCCAGUGGAACUGGAGGCGAAGAAGGAUUUGGAGGCAUUCCUGGCACGGAAGGCCGCCAAGAAUGGCCGUAGCGCUCCGCCAGACUCGGGCCGCAGGCCACGGGCCGCCCAGCCGCCCACUCGCAAGCGCGAGAAUCGGGAGGAGCCCCCAGAUCCUGAGGAAGACGAACGCCGGAAGCGUCGAGCACAGCGCUUCGCCAUGAAAUGA